AUGGCGAGGACACACUCAGAGUCCUCUGAUGACUUUGAAUUCAUCGAGACCCCCGCGGCCCCUACAGCAACUCCUGUCCCUGAUAACUGUGGAGUCAGGACCACAUCGUAUCCUGCUAUCAAAAAUGCCCCCCUCCCAGCCGAUUCUGCCGGCAGCGACAGCUUCUCCAACGUGCUCUUGAUCACUUUGUUGCUCGGUAUCCCCUUUUAUCUGGCUCGUCAAGUCUACGGCGGCUUCUACACCACCAUCUUCUUCGCUCUGUUCACCAGCAUUCCCAUAUUAGUGGUCUUUUGGACCGUCGCAUCGUCGAUCUCGCCCCGAAAGAACGAGAAAGCCAAAUACCCUGGACGGCCAGUUGAGCACUACCUAAAAUUCCACAGCGAACAUGAUCGUGCUCGGUAUCAUGGCAAGAGCAAGAUUCCCAUGGUCACUUUUUACGAGAAAUACUUUAACGGCGAAGUCGACUUCAAGGGUGAUGCACUUGAUGUCUUGGAAUUCCGACAUGACUGGGCAAGCUUCCGUUUCACCUGGUCUCUUUACAAGCAUUUCUUGACCGGCUUCAUUCCUGAGAUGCUGUUGCACACACGUUCUCAAGAUGAGGAACAGGUCCGUGACCACUAUGACCGCGGUGAUGAUUUCUAUGCUUGGUUCUUGGGCCCUCGUAUGAUCUACACGUCUGGUAUCAUCAGCGACGUCAACAAGGAAGAAACCCUUGAAGAGCUCCAAGAUAACAAGCUUUCUGUUGUCUGUGAGAAGAUUGGCCUUAAGCCCGGUGACACCGUCCUGGAUCUUGGCUGUGGCUGGGGUACUCUGGCCAAAUUUGCUUCUGUUCAUUACGGUGCUCAAGUAACCGGUAUUACCCUCGGCCGUAACCAGACCAAAUGGGGAAACAAUGGUCUCCACAAGUCCGGCGUUGAAGAGUCCCAGAGCCGCAUUCUCUGCAUGGACUAUCGUGAUGCGCCUUAUGUGGCUGGCGGCUACAAAAAAAUUACCUGCCUGGAAAUGGCCGAGCACGUCGGUGUGCGUCAUUUCAGCAAGUUCCUCGGCCAGGUCUAUGAGAUGCUCGAUGACGACGGUGUCUUUUUCCUUCAGAUUGCGGGUCUGCGUAAGUCGUGGCAGUACGAAGAUCUCAUUUGGGGUCUUUUCAUGAACAAGUAUAUCUUUCCGGGGGCCGACGCCUCUACACCUUUAGGUUUUGUCGUGGACUCUUUGGAAGGUGCUGGCUUUGAGAUCAAGAGUAUUGAUACUGUCGGCGUCCACUACUCUGCAACUUUGUGGCGCUGGUACCGCAACUGGAUGGGCAACCGUGGCAAGGUCGAGGCCAAGUAUGGCAAGCGGUGGUUCAGGAUCUGGGAGUACUUCUUGGCUUCUUCUACCAUCACAUCUCGCCAGGGUGGUGCUACCUGCUGGCAGCUCACUCUUGUGAAAAACAUCAAUUCUACUCACCGUGUCGAGGGCAUCAACUCUCAAUACGGACUUUCUGGUGCUCGCCAGGCAGCCAUCGACACUGUCGGCCAUGGCAAGCUGCCUAGCGCUCAUAUUCCGGAGUGA